GCGUUACGGUAGGGCUUCUCGCCAUUAAACCCGUCCUGAUCCUGCAAACUGCGAUACGAACCAAAGAAGGAAGGGACACAGGGGGAAGGUGGUUUCAUUUUUAAGUGCCUUAGCAGAUUGCGCUCCUCGUUACUGAGGUCUGCGGAGCGUCCCGUCUUCAUCCUGGGCUCCGCUUUAGCUGUUGUGGCUCGCCCCAAAAUUCUGCGGGCAGCAAGACAGAUCCCUUUCGCGGAGGUCACUUGGUAAAGAUUGAAAUUUGAUAUUGAGAAAAUACUGGACAGUUGCUCAUCGCAUCUGCUGCUCUUUCUCUCUUUCCAGGAUGUCUUCAGGCGCAUUAUUUCCAAGCCUGGUGCCAGGCUCCCGUGGCUCUUCGAGCAAAUACCUGGUGGAAUUUCGGGCAGGGAAAAUGUCCCUGAAAGGCAGCACUGUGACCCCAGACAAGAGAAAAGGCCUUGUGUACAUCCAGCAAACUGAUGACUCUCUCAUUCAUUUCUGCUGGAAGGACAGGACUUCGGGCAAUGUUGAAGAUGAUUUGAUUAUUUUUCCUGAUGACUGUGAAUUCAAGAGGGUACCUCAGUGCACUACUGGCCGUGUGUAUGUAUUGAAGUUCAAGGCAGGAUCAAAACGACUCUUCUUCUGGAUGCAGGAGCCGAAGACUGACAAGGAUGAAGAACACUGCCGUAAAGUGAACGAGUAUCUCAAUAAUCCACCAAUGCCUGGUGCUUUGGGUGGAAAUGCAAGUGGAGGCCACGAGCUCUCGGCAUUAGGAGGUGAGGGUGGCUUGCAAAGCCUUCUUGGAAACAUGAGCCAUAACCAGCUCAUGCAGCUGAUCGGACCAACGGGCUUAGGAGGACUUGGUGGGCUGGGUGCACUGACGGGUCCUGGGCUGGCCAGUCUGCUUGGAAGUGGGGGUCCCCCGACCAGCAGUUCAUCAUCAAGCUCUCGCAGCCAAUCAGCUGCUGUGACGCCAUCUUCCACAACUUCUUCUACACGUGUAACGCCUGCCCCAUCCGUUCCUGCGGCUGCAUCUGUGACCAGCCCGAGCCCCGUACCAAGUUCGGGUAAUGGAACCAGCUCAGCCACGAGCCCAACCCAGCCCAUUCAAUUGAGUGACCUUCAGAACAUUUUAGCUACUAUGAAUGUGCCAUCUGGAGCAGGAGGACAGCAAGUUGACCUGGCAACUGUUCUGACUCCUGAGAUAAUGGCUCCCAUCCUGGCCAACGCUGAAGUUCAAGAUCGGUUGAUGCCUUACCUUCCCUCAGGGGAAUCUCUGCCGCAGACUGCGGAAGAGAUUCAGAAUACCCUGACGUCUCCUCAGUUCCAGCAGGCAUUGAGCAUGUUCAGUGCUGCCUUAGCUUCAGGACAGCUUGGCCCGCUAAUGAGCCAGUUUGGCUUACCCGCAGAGGCAGUAGAUGCAGCAAAUAAAGGAGAUGUAGAAGCAUUUGCCAAAGCAAUGCAGAACAGUGUCAAGUCAGACCAAAAGGAAGGAGAUGCCAAGGACAAGAAAGACGAAGAGGAAGAUAUGAGUUUAGAUUAAGUUAUUUGCUCUUCCUUACAGAUAUUCCUAGAUACUAACUUAAGCAACUGCAGUAGGAUUACUAACUUCAUAUUAUGCUUAUAUAAAUCUACAAAUAAAGGAAUUUUCUUUAUCUGC